AUGGAUAAGGACUUGCCUCGAACGAAAGAGGCUCUAUCAGCCCGUGUAGAGAAGCUCUGCAACGCCAUCUACGACGAGCGCAACACGGAUCCCUGGGGCGGCGACGGCUACCUCUCCACUAUCCUACGUACCGUCAAGCCCGCCGAUACCAGCGAAUACUCGACCAUACCGAAGCUCAACGAAGCAAAGGACUACUCCACGAGUGCGCAAAAGGAAUUGGUAAUCAAGACCGCCCAAGAGCUCAGCACCUUCAUUCGCGAUUUACAGGAACUAUGGCUUUUCGGAGGCCUGGACACAUUGGCGGAGAAAGAGGAUGAAGAAGCGACCCGGGCGAAGGCAGUGCAGGUGGCGGAGAUUAUCGAGGAACUGGCGGGGAGCAAGAGUGUUGGUGGCAAGAAGGAAAAUGGGGCGGACGAGGAGCUCAAGAAGGAGGGAUGA